AUGUCCAUCCCAAAGAUCACCCUCUACACAAACCGCGGCUGCCCAUGGGCUCACCGCGCCCACAUCGCUCUCAAGGAAUCAGGACUAGACUACGAAGAAGUCACAAUCGACUUGACCAAGCCUCGUGAGCCGUGGUAUCUGGACGUGAACCCUCGCGGCCUUGUCCCAAGCUUGUCCUACAAUAACCAAAUAAUCACAGAAAGUGGCAUCGUAGCCCAAUUUCUUGCAGAUGCCCACCCCUCGCACCUCCUGCCACCCUCGGGACCGGCUGAAAACGCCCUCUACCGCGCUCGCGCGGCCUUCUUCAUUGAUGCGUUCUUUAGCAAGGUCAUUCCGCAUUUCUUUGCUAGUUUGAAGGCUGCAAAUGAGAGUGAGAGGGAUGAGGCUGCGACUGCUUUGGUUGAGGCUGUUGUCAAGGAGGUUGAGCCUUUGCUUGAGGAUGGGAAGGGGCCUUUCUUUGGGGGGAGUGAGAGGUUGACUAUUGCUGAGGUUCAAUCAGGAUCCUUCCUGCUUCGCAUCCUUGGCUUUGCUAAGCCUGAGCAUGGCCUUGUUAGUGCCAAGUUACCUGCUUUGUUGGAGCGGGCGCCGCGCUUUAAGCGGUGGGCUGAGGCUACUGUUGCUCAUGAGAGUGUUAAUUUCAUUUGGGAUGAGAAGGCGGUUGCUGAUAAGAUGCGGGCUAAGUUUGCGCCUAAAUAG